AUGCAUCUCUCAAGGAGAAUAUUCCUUGCAGAUGAAGAGCUCGGGAAAAAGGAUGAUGACCACUUUCGCAAACCUGCACAGCUCCGAAGUCCGUCUCUCGCAUCAUGCCGGCUUCCGCGCCGCCGACGAUUCUUCGUGAUCAUCGGCAUCAUUCUUUGUUACUUCCUCCUCAGCCAUUCACCUUUUCGAAGUCUUUCGGGCGAGAAUGAUGAUUCUACUGGAGACACUGUUGAUAAUGGGUUCUAUCCGACUCGCAAUGGAAUAAUGCGUCCAAAUGGCCCUCCAAACGCCUCGGAUGGUAAACAGAGCAGUCACUAUUUCAAUGGCCCGAUACGAUUUUAUUCGCUAGCUAGGUCGCUAUACUCCGUCCAUGGAUUUAUGAGAUAUCGUCGCCAGAAUAAGCUCGUCCUCUUCGCCGCUGCAAAUCUGAAGUGUAUCUCGGACCUUCUGCCGCUUGCUUGUGAAAUGUCCGGACAUGGGCUGAAUCAGGUACAUAUCGCACUGAUGGGUCGGGAUGAGCUGUCAAUUGAAGGAAUUCAAGAAGUAAAUGGCUAUAAUGAGUCAGAAUGCCCAUUGAUUUGGCAUGAUGCUCGUCCCGAUUACGGCCCGUGGUCCACGGAUGCGAGAAUGGAAGCGAGUGUUAAAUCCGGACUUGUUCAUAUGCUUAAAAUCCUUCAUCCCCGUGCCAUAAUCACGCAUGAAAGUCGAGACGAACCUUUUCUUGUGAGGGGAGUGAAAACGCGGGCAUCGCAAACAGGUAUAGCACAUAUAGGCCUUAAAGGCCGUGCCUCGAGCUUCAAAUGGAUUACAAAGCUGGAUUCACGGGCUCUGGCAGCUUGGAAUAGAGCCCAGAUUGAGAUCCUCGUUCAUGCUCCACCCGCUUCGUCUGGAUCUCUCUUACGACUCCUCAAAUCCCUCCAAAAGGCGGAUUACUUCGGCCCGGCACCUGGAUUGACUAUUGAAUUACCUUUUGACGUUGAUCCCGCAUUGACAGACUUCCUUGGCAGGUUUACCUGGCCGCCACAUACGGAAGGCCGCCAAUUUACCCUUCGCCGUCGCAUUACGAGAAAUACAGCUGCUGAAGAGGCGGCUAUAAGAAGCAUCGAUGCAUUUUACCCACGAAAACCUUGGUAUUCUCACGUUUUGGUACUUUCCCCGCACGCAGAGCUAGCGCCAUCAUUUUACCAUUUUCUCAAAUAUUCGAUUUUAAAAUACAAAUAUUCAAUCAUGGAAGCACCGGCUGCCUAUCAGUUGUUAGGGAUUUCGCUAGAGCUCCCUUCGUUUAAACCGACUGAUGGGGCCGAGUUUUCGCCCCCAACUAUGGAGACAGUGUCACUUGCGGAACACAGCCAUACUUUGCCUGUUUUCCUUUGGCAGGCCCCCAAUAGCAAUGCUGCGCUCUACUUUGGGGACAAAUGGAUUGAGUUCCAUUCUUUCCUUUCGAAUCGAUUUGCUCCGUCAUUGAAAACAAAACAAACGACCCGCCCUAAGUCUGUUUUAAACAGAUACCCCUCUUGGAUGGAGUAUAUGCUGGAAUUUAUUCGAGCACGUGGCUAUUAUCUUCUCUACCCGGCAUUUGCCGCGGAAGAUGAUUUCUCUCUGGCUACUGUCCAUAACGAGCUGUUCCAGAUUCCGGAAGAGCACGCAUCGACGGAAGAAGCAAAACCGCCUGAACUUAGCCAGAAUGAAAUCCACGACCCGCAAGCAACAUUAAUUGACGACUCAAACUAUGAUCCUCGAUUUGAGUCAGCUGAGAAGGCUGUGUCAGAAUCUUUGUCUAUGUCUAAUUUACUUAGUGCAUUUCCAGGGCACCUGCCACGUCUCUCAUCCCUAAGUAUCCUGUCGCCGUCUGGGGCCAAGAACGGACCCGACGACCUCAUUAACUCCACUGAAACAUAUCUCAAAAGCUUCAGAUUGGAGGUUGGAGGCUGCGAUUCUGAGCAUGACCCUCCUGAUUUGGUUCCUCUGAGCACGAACGAUCUGUUUUGCUUGGAAGACGACGAAAAAUGA